AUGCCGCCUGUGACAGGCCGUCCCAUAGGCAAGACCCCGAGUCCACACCCCAUCAUUCGCCGUACCCGAAGCUGGCGUGGUAUCAUGCAGGUACGCUUCAACGACACGCGUGCAGAUCGCAAUAAAAUAUUGAAACAUGCGCUUUUUUGGGCACCGAUGAGAAUAUUUGGUAUUGGGUUUCUCACGACGACUGCGAUGUACUUCACCAUAGGCCAUGAUCGCUUCAUGCACACGCUGUUUGGCUAUGAGUCGGAGAUGCACUAUGAGGCUCGUGUAAAUCCCGACGCAAGCGUCCUCAUUGGUGAUACAUUACUGGACAAAGAUCGCGGCUGGAAGUCCCCGCUGCGUGAAUUGGAGAUGCCACUGCAUCCUAAGCGUCAGUUUGACGUGAUGCGGGACCCCAAUUCCACUUGA